UAUGUAACAAGUUGCAAUAACACACAAAACAUCAUAAUUUGGAAUGAAGAUUAUACUUUCCUACAUAUAUAAGGAAACAAAAUUCUCUCUCUCGCUCCACAUGUAAUAGAGAAAAGAAUCCCCAUGUGGUUCUUUUUUUAAAACCUAAAUUUCCUCCAUUACCACCAUUCUUUAUUAUUCUUCGUCUCUUUCUCCCUGUUCCUCUCUUUUUCUACUUCUACAUGGCUACCAAUAACUUAGACUUGGGUUCUACUUCACCUUUCAACCUCCAACAAACCCUCCAACACCGUCCUGAUCUCCACCUUCAAAUCCCCCAGCAGGACUCCGAAGACGAUACAAACCAAAACACCCCCGGUUCUGGUGAUGGUAGCGGUCGCCGUCCUCGUGGUCGCCCUCCGGGUUCCAAAAACAAGCCCAAACCACCAGUCAUCAUUACCCGAGAAAGCGCCAACACCCUAAGAGCUCACAUCCUUGAAAUCAGUAGUGGGUGUGACGUUUUUGAAUCUGUCGCUGAUUACGCCAGGAAACGUCAACGUGGGAUUUGUAUAGUGAGUGGAAGUGGCACCGUAAACAACGUUAGUCUACGGCAGCCGGCGGCAGCUGGAUCUGUCGUGACACUUCAUGGCCGCUUUGAGAUACUUUCACUGUCGGGAUCGUUUUUGCCUCCUCCGGCUCCACCGGGUGCCACCAGCUUGACAAUUUACUUGGCUGGUGGACAAGGUCAGGUUGUAGGUGGGAAUGUUGUCGGGGCUCUGGUUGCUUCUGGGCCGGUGAUUGUUAUAGCUGCUUCUUUCACAAAUGUAGCGUAUGAGAGGCUGCCAUUAGAUGAGGAGGAGGCAGCUGCAAGUAGCGGGGGAGGUGGUGGCGGAAACGGAAACGGAGACGGAGAUGGAGGCCCCAAUCACCCCUUUCCAGACCCAUCAUCGAUGGGUUUACCGUUUUUUAACUUACCCCUCAACAUGCCAAACGUUCAGUUACCGGUGGACGGUGGUGGUUGGUCUGGUAACACGGCAAGUCGGCCGCCUUUUUGAGAAGAAAAAGGUCAGAUAAGAUUAAUGGAUCAUCAUUUCAUCAUUUACCAUCACUUCAACUUUCUCUUAGUUUCAUUUUCAAUGAGAUUGAUUUGAUUCGAUCCACCUCUGUUGAUCCAACUGUAGUGUUAGCUCGUUAAAUUUGCGAAUCAAGAUCAAAUCAUGCAUCUUCUUGUUGUUUGAUACUGUGUUUUGUGAAACCACUUUCAUCUUUUGAGUUUGUUUAUACCAACUACCGAAUAUUAGUAUUA